UGCCUCUGUUUUUUGACUGGACAAAUAGCAAAUGACGUUUAUAUUUUAAGUGUAGUGACGUCGAGGAAGGACAAAUUGAUUCAAAGCGAGGACGUCGGGCCUUUACGAGCCGCGGGUGAAGGGAAGUGGAGGCGCCAUUUUACAACAGCGGAAACGUUCUAUCAAGAAAAAUGUACCCUACCACGCUGACUCAGUUGGCCCGGGCGAAUCCAUUCAGUGCCCCAUUAUUCACGUUGCAACAUAUCGAGGAACCGAAACAAAGCAAUGGACAUGACCGACGCAGGUUAGCUGCAGCUGCAGUGGCCGACUCGGAAGUGAGCUGUGAGUUUGGCUCCAUGAAAUAUUACGCUCUCUGUGGCUUUGGGGGCAUCCUGAGCUGCGGCCUCACGCACACGGCGGUCGUUCCCCUCGACCUGGUCAAGUGCCGCAUACAGGUGGAUCCAGAAAAGUACAAGAGCAUUUUCAACGGAUUCUCCGUCACCCUAAAGGAGGAUGGCACCAGAGGGCUGGCCAAGGGCUGGGCCCCUACGUUCAUCGGGUACUCGAUGCAGGGCCUCUGCAAGUUCGGCUUCUACGAGGUGUUCAAGGUCCUGUACAGCAACAUGCUGGGAGAGGAAAACACCUACCUGUGGAGGACGUCCCUCUACCUGGCAGCAUCAGCCAGCGCGGAGUUCUUCGCUGACAUAGCCCUGGCCCCUAUGGAGGCGUGUAAAGUGCGUAUCCAGACCCAGCCGGGCUACGCCAACACCCUGAGAGAGUGCGCUCCCAAGAUGUACGCCGAGGAGGGCCUGUGGGCCUUCUACAAGGGCGUGGUUCCCCUGUGGAUGAGGCAGAUCCCGUACACCAUGAUGAAGUUCGCCUGCUUCGAGCGCACGGUAGAGGCCCUGUACAAGUACGUGGUGCCCAAGCCACGCAGCGAGUGCUCCAAGUCAGAGCAGCUGGUGGUCACCUUCGUGGCCGGUUACAUCGCUGGGGUGUUCUGCGCCAUCGUGUCCCACCCUGCUGACUCCGUGGUGUCUGUGCUCAACAAGGAGAAGGGCAGCACUGCAGCACAGGUGCUGAAGAAGCUCGGACCCAAAGGUGUGUGGAAGGGUCUGAUUGCUCGUAUCAUCAUGAUCGGUACCCUGACGGCCCUGCAGUGGUUCAUCUACGACUCGGUGAAGGUGUACUUCCGCCUGCCCCGCCCCCCUCCCCCGGAGAUGCCCGAGUCCCUGAAGAAGAAGCUGGGCCUCACGGAGUGAGCCGACGGACUGUCUGCUCUCCACACGUCCGAGCAUAACUCACAGCCCCCGUGUCUAUUUAAGCACCUACUGCAAUCCACAGCCCUGUACUGCUGCUCAAGCUCACUGAGGAUAGAGAAGGGAGGUGGGCCUCCCGGCUAGGAGGAUAGAGGGAAAGACUUGGCUGCGUGUCUGUUACAUUUUGUGGAAAUUGUAAUAAAAAAAAAGGAAAAAACCUGAUGAAA